AUGGGUAGCCUGUAUCCAAACUCGCAUCCCGUCUUUCCUGAGGUGCCAGAGUUCGAGGAGGAUGGUUCUCUCGCAUCGCCCCUCAGCCCUACGCAUCGCAUCAGUCGUGCCCGCUCCCGAGAGACGGCUGACCGGGAGGCUGAAGCGAGCGAUGACGAGGAAUGGUGCGAGCAGAUGUCGGAGGGAGACCCGGAGGCACAGCACCAUCACCACGUUCCUACGAAUGCGUUCCUCUCGAUCGGGCUGCAGACUGUGAUAGCAAUCGCUCUGCACAAGUUUCCAGAAGGCUUCAUCACGUACGCCACGAAUCACGCCAACCCUUCCCUUGGGUUCAACGUCUUCAUGGCGCUCUUCGUCCACAAUAUCGCAGAGGGCUUCGCAAUGGCACUGCCACUGUACAUGGCGCUCGGCAGCCGGCUGAAGGCGAUCCUGUGGUCGUCUCUGCUCGGCGGAGCGAGCCAGCCCCUCGGCGCUGCCAUCGCGGUCCUGUUCUUCAAGCUGUCCAAGAAGACCAACAUCAUCAUUGACAACGUGGCGUAUGCGUGCCUGUUUGCCAUCACGGCGGGCAUCAUGACGAGCGUGGCGCUGCAGCUCUUCGUCGAGAGCUUGAGCCUGAACCACAACAGGAACUUGAGCAUAGGGUUCGCGUUCCUGGGCAUGCUCCUGCUCGGUCUGAGCAAUGCGCUGGUGGCGGAUGAUCAUUGA